CAGGCGGUAUCGUGACCCAGCAAGACGUGACAACCCGGGCCUCGCUCGGUCGGAGCUGGUUUAGUUUCGGUUUUGUGCUCGGGGGUUUUCACCGGCUGGUAUGAUGUCCCUGCCCGGCGCUCACUGGCUUCCUCAUCCGCCCGGCCCCUGCUGCCGUCGCCGCUGCAGGGACGUGACUGUGAGCUGUGCUUCCGCGCAGUGAGCGUCGAGGAGCAUGUGGUAAACUUUGGACCGCUUGCGUAGUUGUUUUUGUUUUAUGGUUGCGGAAGGCUGAACGGGAGCUGCCGCCGCUGUUGCUGCUGGAAACGAAACUUUAACGGCGCGGAUCGAGCUCACUAUGUUCGACCGUCUGUCACCAAUUUAAGAAGAAAGGAUGGAUGACGAGAGAAGCGACGGAGGCGGAGGAGAGGCGGAGUUGGAGGAUGAGUUCGCGUGCGCCGGGAUGCUGCGGGGGUCUCUGACCUCCCUGCACAGCACGGUGGAGCGGAUAUUCAGUGUGGCGUUCAGCAUCGGGGCGGACGAUCUGCCUCACGGCAGCAACGGCCAAAUAUGGCUGAAACUGCGAGGGCCGAGCGCCAAUGUGAAAGCCGCCAAGUUAUUUGUGAAAGGAGUUGUGAACCAGGAGGAACAGCAGGAGAUUACGUAUCCUGGGGUGCUUCACUGUGUCUUCUGCGGAGCCAAAGGCCUGUUCAUGGACAGCCUGAUAAAAAGCACCUCAGCACAUAUAGUGGUCGGCUCUCCAGGAUUCCUGCUCAUAUCUGGCCUGAUGGAGCCGGUGGUGCGAGCCUACUCUCUUAUUACAGACCUGGUAGAGAGGUAUGAGGGCACACAGUCCAAGCGCAUGGGGGAUGGAGGCUCAGGUGAGUCCCUGGAUUCACGACGGGCCUUUAAAACUCUGGUGGAGAAGUGGGAAGACAGGCACAUCCUGGAUCUUCUUGUGCUGCCAGGAUCAGUAAAGGAAAUCCUGUUGGACUUGGUGAAAGAAUCGGGACUUGGAUCAAGCCCUAGUUCAUCACUGGCUGAUGUAAAUACAGAGGCAAGGCCACAUGGGGAUUCAGAGGAUAGGUCUAAAAUACCCAGUGCCCUAAAGCAAACAGUCCCUGAUCCUUCUAGCACUACUGAGCGAUGGGCUGAAGGGAUGGCUGCAUGCGCAGGAAAUGACUUUGCAAAUAAAGACUCCUUCUUCCAAGCUUUUCCCAUGUCUGCAGGCACCCGAGGGAGGGCAGAGGGUGCUGAGGAAAGACCCACGCAUUCACCACAGGAGGUGGGAGAAGAGCACUUGGGCCAAGCAACAGCAUCCGGGGAGGAAAAAGAGCAGGAGUUGCAGCUGUCGAUGGGAAACAAGGAGUUUUGGCUUCUUUUGAAAUUCUUUACCGCCAUGGGAUACACAGAGGAGGUUGUGAAACGAGUGCUUGCCAGAACAGGACCUAAAGAGGCAUCACAGAUUCUGGACUUAGUUCAACAGGAGCAGGACCGCAGUGACCAAGAGCAGAGAAAUCGGGUUCUCCCAAACCCAAAGAGGGAAGACGCCGUCGACCUGAAUCAGACAGAGAAAAACCGACCCUGUGAGACAGAACACAGAGAAGAUGGGGGAGAAACAGUAGGAGGCGGUGGAGCCAUACGUAGCGAUGGAGAAACUGAAGAAGGACGAGAGGGGGAAGACGCAACAGGGGAUGCAAGACACAGUCAGGGAAAAGUCAACACAGACGUAAUGAAUAAAGAGCAAGAGGAAGACUUUGUGCUGGGGGUGUUGAAGAAAGCGGCAGCCAGCUGUGGGUACCCUGAACAGAACGUAACCAAACUGUAUAACUUGUUGCCUGAUGGAUCCACUCACCAGCUGCUCCUGCAGCUGCAGAAAGAGGGAGUCAAAGAGGCAGAAGCCUUCAGAGAAGGACCGAGAGAGAUGGAUGAUGUGGUCUUGGAGACUGGCGGGUCAAAAUUUCAAAUAAUACCAGAACUUCAGCCUUAUAAACCUCCAGAAGAGAGAGAAUUCGAUGGGCGAGAAAAGAUAAGGGUGUCAAGGAUUGAUGGUAGUGUCCCUAUUGAGGGACGAGAUAUUUGGACUAAUAAACCCCAGGAGUCACCGGUGACCUUGUACAACUCACAGCAAAAGCAAAACCAGCCUUCAAAGUCACAAACUCCUCACCACAUCGUCCUACCUGGGGUCAAAGGGCCACCAAUGCCUACUUAUGCCUCAUCCAUGGAACCUCAGCUCACCAAUUUCCAAUCUCAUAAGCAACAAGCCAACACCAACUACUUGCCUAAUCCAUCUCCCACAAAACAGAAUCAUCACGCUCAUAACAAUGGCUCAAGGCACUCCUUUAAACAAGCACUUCAAGCUCCUCAGCCUUUAUUCUCUGGCACGAAGGACUCGUCUCCCACCAGAGCGAGGGACAAACGGGGUUUCGCGUCUACUCCUUCGGUGGUGGUGACAGGAGAGCAGCGAUUCCUGGAGAGCCUUCAGAUCCCCUUUGAACUCAAGCUGACAGACAAGCCCGGAGACUCAAGACUGAGGACGAUCAUAAUUGACGGGAGUAACGUGGCUAUGAGUCACGGACUCGGUCAUUUCUUCUCCUGUCGGGGAAUCGCUCUGGCUGUACAGCACUUCUGGGACCGAGGCCACCGUCAAAUCAGCGCCCUAAUUCCACAGUGGAGGCAAAAGAACGACCCCAGGAUCAAAGAGAAGCACUAUCUGACAGAGCUGCAGCAGCUGGGCCUGCUCUCCUACACGCCAUCUAGAGAGGUCCAAGGCAAGAGGAUCAGCUCGUAUGAUGACAGAAUGAUACUGCAGCACGCACAGAAGACUGCCGGAGUGAUCGUGACCAACGACAACCUGAGGGACCUCUUGGACGAGUCCCCCGUAUGGAGGGACAUCAUCAAAAAGAGUCUUCUUCAGUACACUUUUGUCGGGGAUCACUUCAUGGUCCCCGAUGACCCUCUUGGAAGAGGAGGGCCUCACCUGGAUGACUUCCUGCGUUCAGAGCACAGGAGUCCAAAUCCAGGAAAUCACUCUUUUGCUGGUUCGGCCUCAUCUUUCAGUUCCUCCAAACAGCCCCGCUCCCAAACAGAGGUCAUCAACUUCCGUGACCGAACGCUAGGGGGCGCACUCGACGCUUUGGGAGGAGGCGGCCGGGGUAGAGGGAGAGGGCAAGGAAAGGGAUGGGACACGGGACAGAAGCAGAAGCAGUAUGGUGCUGCAGGUCAUGGCCAGGGGGCCCGGGCCGAGAGGAGUCCUGAAGAAACAGCCAACCUGAGAGAUCAGCUCUGUCAGGUUUUCCCUAAUCAGGACAACAUGGUGACGCUGGUGCUGCAGUGCCACUCGGCAGAGACGGACAUCAACGUGCUGUCUGAUCUGAUUUUGGAGCAGCAAUCAACAAACUAGAGAUCUCUCAGUUUUAGUGUUUCACCAUAGAAUUUUCUCACGGAAUUUUGCUCAGUUUUUAUUCAUUUUCUCGUGUGACAAUAGACUCUAUGUACAAGAUGGAUUUUAGCAUCUGUGACAUCAUCUAUUGGUUUAUGGUCUUUUUUUUUUUUUUUAAAUCAGAACCAUGAAGGUGAAGUAGCUGAGAAAAUUAGGCUAUUGCACACUCAGUUUUGGAUUCACAUUUCAAAUUCGGAGGUUACAUCCAUCUCUAAUAUGGAUAUAGUCUGGAUGGAAAUACCACAAUAGCAACUACAAAGAUAGAUAGAUCCUUAAUUAAAGCUAAAAACCUGACCAGCUCUGUCAAAUGAACCAGCAAAAUCCCUCAAUGACUGUCAGUUCAUUAACAUUUGUGUUUGUUGUUUUGAUUAUUCUUUCAGAACUAUACAGAUGAAUCCACAGGUUUUUGACCACAUUAUUCUUCCACAUUUAUGCAGUGCUAUCAGUGUUUGUGUAUUUUAUGUUAGUCUGAUUUAUGUCAAAGCACCAGUAAAACUGAAGACAUUCCAAUUUGUAGCUUUAAUGCCAAAUAUUAGCAUGCUAACCCACCAAACUGGCAUGAAUGUAUGGUUAAUACAUUAGUUAGCAUGCUGACAUAUUAAACUGACAUCCAAAAACUUAGUUAACACAUAAGUUAGGAUGCUAAAACCCCUAAUUGACCACAAUCACAUGGUUAACACCUUGGUUAGCUUGCUAAUUACCAAAUUAACAUGUAAGCAUGAAUAUAUUUGCUAGAAUGCUAACAUACAUAGUUAGCAUUUUAGCAUGCAAAAACACCAAAUUAACAUUUUGGUGCAGACACACCAAUUUAAUGUAAAUAUAUAUAAACAUAUUGGUUAGCGUGCUAAUAUUGACAUUUAGCUUUAGUACAGCUUCCCAGCCUUAAGUUGGUUUUAUGGUUGAGCAGAGGUAGCAUGAUCCAAUCCAGGGACUGCCCAUCCACCUGCAGUGAGUGCUGUUGUCAGAUGCAGGCAAUGUCAACCAGUCAGCAGAAUGCUGACUUGUCAACCAGUCAGCAUUCUGCAGUUGCAAAUGUCAUCCAAUUACAGCGACGCGCAGUCUAGAUUUCAGAGGACUGCACGGGAGAGCGUCUUGGGUGGGGGAAACCCCCCCUGUUUGACCAAAAGCUGUAAGCAGAUGGACACAUUUGUGACCAUAAAACCAGCCUUAGAGACACUAGCUCAGCAGCAGAGUCUUAUUUUUAUUUUUUUGUAUUUUUAUAAGACUAAUAUAGUCAUUGUGUAAUGACACCUAUUAACGAUCUUUCUCCGGGUAGUUUUAACUCUGGGAAAACUACUGUGAAUCCCAUAUGGUAUCAUAAUGGAGCCAUUUUAUAAACAGUCAGUCUGCCUUUGGUAAUAUAAAAAUACAUAUUUUGUGUAUUUUUCUUUUGUUUUUCCUUUAAUUUUACAGCCACCGGUUUACUUAGAAAAUAGGGUGAAAGAUUUCUAUCAAAGGCACAUAGUUGGCACUGAGAAUACAUUUUGGAUAAACAGUAACUGGUGUAAGAGAGUGUGUCGUGCUGAGAAAGUAAAAACCCAAUUUUGCAAAAAUCUGCACAAUUAUAUAUUUUAACUUAUUUUAAUUAGGUCUUUUGUUUCGCAUAACUUUGGUUAUGAGUCUAUAAUUAUAUCUUUAAGGUAUGUCUGGAUGAAGAAAUUAAGAGCCAACCAAAACAUGGAAAAUUCAUUCUUUAUCGAAAUGUCAUUGUUAAUGUACCUUCAGUGUGAAUAAAUAGCCGUAAUCGUAUUUGUAUUGUUAAUAUUUAUAUAUUUUAUUCUUAUUCUUAAUUAAAAUAAUUUUUUUA